GGUCUCAGUUAUCUGUGAAAUUCCUUUCCUUCACACCUAUGCUUGAUUUUUCCCCUAUCGGGACAGAAAGACUUAGGGCGUGCAAUAAAAGACCAUUUCGUCUGCUUUGUCUGUCUGGCUUAAAUGUAAAUAAUGGCGGAAGCAGAUAUUGCUAGACGAAGAGAGAUUAGGAGACGUAAAAUACUUGAAAGCUCUGAAGCAAGGUUGCAGAGGAUAACAGGAGCGACUAAAAGUAGAUCUGAAGAAAAAAAAAAUGAAUAUUCUGUAAAAAAAACUGCAGUGAAAGAAAGUGUUGAAUGCAGCUCUGCUCAGUACCAAGAUAACGAGUAUCAAGAUAAUGAGUUUAUUGAAAAUAAUCUUCAAUUUAGCAAAUGUAGUUCUACAUCAGUUGAGAAACAGAAUAAUAAAGAACCUCAUUCUGGCAUACCUCGACACAGACCCUUAGGAUUAAGUAAUUCACAAGAAAGACAUUCAACAAAUGGAGCUUUGCAACGUCCUAAUGUGUCCGAUUACUAUACAUUUCCAAAAAAAGUGUCAGAUGCAGAAACGCGCUCUUUUGGCCGAACUCGAUGUGACACUCGCCGUAACAGUACUUGCACUCAAAUGGUAAUGGAAACACUGCAGUUCUCUUUCUCGCUGAGCCUUUUAAGACCGUGGUUAGUUAUUAUUUUAGGAUUUGUUGUGAAAGCAUACUUUCUAAUGGUAAAAGAUGCCUCAUUUUUUGAGAGUAUAUUUUUACCAUAUCUAAUAUUAGAAUUGGGAUUUUGUUUGUGGACAAAAUUUGAAUCACAGGUCUGUUCAAGGUCUGUUGUAUCGUCUCUCAUUCCUGGGUUCCUGUUUAUUUGCGGACUACAUACAUCAGCAAUAACAGCAUUUAGUUCUGUGUUGAAUAUUUUGCAGUGUGUUGUACAGGAUCUUGCUGUAUACAUAUUUUCAUUCAUUUUUUUGCAUUUUGUUUGUGAAAUAUGUAAAUAAAAAUAUUUGAUUCUUUUUUCCCAC